CAGUUUUUACAGUAGUGAAUCAGAAGCUUGAAGGCACAGAUCACGAUGGCCAACGCAUACACCUCCCACUUCGGAAUCAACAACAUUCCCUAUGGCAUUGCAAGUUCAGCUAAGAGACCGCAACCACAAGCUGCAACAAGGAUAGGCGACGAUGUGAUCUUUCUCGCAGAGCUUGCAACACACGAAACCUUCAAAGCCAUGGAAACAGAUCUGCCAGCUCUGUUCUCACAACCAACUCUCAACGCCUUCGCCUCUCAGUCAUCUCAGACUCACAGCGCCGUACGCACCGCAAUUCAAGAUGCCUACAAUGACAACCUCCACACACCAUCCUCCGAGAACAUCGCAGACGUGACACUCCACCUCCCUGUCUCCAUCGGUGACUUCACCGACUACUCUGCCAGCGCAAACCACGUCCUUAACGCGGGUGAAGCCAUAAUGGGCACUCGCUCCUUCCCACCCGCAUUCCACAAAUACCCCGUUGGCUACGCCGGUCGCUGCUCCUCAAUCUCCGUCUCCGGCACACCUAUCACGCGCCCGCUGGGACAGUACAUCGAGGACUACACCGCUAGUGAGAAGAACAUUGUCUUCGGCGCCUCGCGCGCGCUGGACUACGAACUCGAAAUCGGUGCGAUUGUAGGCAGACCGGUGGAGCCGGGCACCUUUCUGCAAGCGAAGGAUGCGGAUCAGCAUAUUUUUGGGCUGGUGCUGGUGAACGACUGGUCUGCGAGGGAUAUCCAGGGGCUGGAGAUGAAUCCGCUGGGGCCGUUUAACGGGAAGAAUUUCGGAACCUCGGUGUCUCCUUGGGUGAUCACGCACGAGGCAUUGAGGGCGCAUGAGGUUCCUGCGCCGGAGCGGAUGGGACCUGUUGCGUCGUUUAUGGAUGAUAAGGGGGCGGUGAAUUAUGAUAUACAGCUUACUGGCGCGAUUACACGGGGUAAGAAGACAACGACGACGUGUAAGGUCGGGUUUGAGACUAUGUACUGGACGUUCAGGCACAUGCUUGCUCAUCACACGAUUGGCGGGUGUGGACUGCGGACGGGCGAUCUGAUAGCGAGUGGAACUGUGAGCGGGGAGGAGGAGCAUGAGCAUGGGUGUCUGCUCGAGCUGACGAAGAACGGCAAGAAGGCUAGUAAGCUGAGUGAUGGCAGUGAGUUGAGGUACCUGGCAGACGGAGAUGAGGUGACUUACGAAGCCGUCAUUGGUGAUGGAAGUGCAGGUGUCGGGUUCGGAGCAUGUGUUGGUGUUGUCAAGCCGGCAAGCAAGGUAUAGAAAAGCAAGAUGCUGGCGAAGCAUGGUAAUCACCAUGUCGUGCUAGAAAAUCGUUGUAGCCUAUGUGCUUAAAGAUCAGAUCACGGAGGCCCGUGCAGCAUACAAUGGGCAAUCGCGUCCGGUCGCACAUGGCAAGCAUACGGUUAAGAACCGUCGUCGCGUGACGCA